AUUUGUGUAGAUUCUCUCUUGUAUAAACAUUAACCCUUUACCAACAAACACACAUUACCCUUUUCCCCUCAUUCUUCUCCUUUCUCUUCCUCUUCCUCACUUUUCGUUUGCACUGUGGUCGUGGUUUGCACCAAUCAUCGUUCUCAUUGAAACCCUAAGUUCGGCACUCUUUUUUUCUUUUCAGGAUAGAGAUUAAAAAAAACACAGCAAAGCGGUUUUCUAGGGUUUGGAUUUAUGUCCUACAAUCAAUCAAGGUCUGACACUCGCGAGUCGUCUCAGAAGAGAACCGGCCGAUCCGGUAGCUUUAAUCAGCACCGCGGCGGGAGAGGAAGUGGUGGUGGUGGUGGAGGCGCCGCCUCUCCUCCUGUUUCUUCAACCUCCAAUCCAUCUUUGACUUCUAAUAGAAGCUGGUUUGAAUUAGUAGCUCAGUUCAAAGUCCAGGUAGAAAAUGGAUAUUGAAGUUGAUCAUUAUGUUGCUUUGGGUUUACCCUCUGGUGUGGAAGGGACCAAAUUUUCUGAGAAAGACAUAUCUAAAGCCUAUAAGAAGAAAGCAUUAGAGUUGCAUCCAGACAAGAGGCCCGAUGACCCAAAUGCUCACUUGAACUUUCAAAAGCUGAAGACAUCAUACGAGAUUCUCAAGGAUGAGAAAGCUAGGAAGUUAUUUGAUGAUCUACUUCGUGUGAAACGUGAGAAGAUCCAACGCCAAUCACAACACGAUUCAAAGCGUAGAAAGAUGAUGUCAGAUCUCGAUGCAAGAGAGCGUGCUGCUUUUUCACCUGAUGCCAGUGUUCUAGCUCGAGAAGAAGAGGAACAAAUUGCUAGAAAACUUAAGGAGGAAAUUGCCCGAAUUCGUGCAAUGCAUUCAAAGAAAGUGUUUACUCCUAUAGAUCCUUCACAGAAAGAGGCACAUGCUAGAGCUAAGGAGAGUAGUGCAGAAGGCAAGGGGAGUAGUGUAGACAAGGAAAAGGUGCUUAAGGUAUCUUGGGAGAAGAUCGAUGAAGAUUAUACUGCCCAAAGACUUAGAGAAUUGUUUAGUGAGUUUGGUGAGGUUGAAGAUGUAGUAAUCAAGAGCUCUAAGAAGAAAGGCUCUGCUCUUGUUGUCAUGUCAUCUAAGGAUGCAGCUAAAGCUUCGCGUGGAAAUGUGUUGGGGGAUCUAUCAAAUCCUCUCUUAAUUGUGCCUCUCCAACCUCCAAUGCCAUCUCCAUUUUCUAACACUGAGAAAAAUGGAGAAUCUGAGGGCCCAAGUUUGAGUAAUCUUGUAGGUGCUGGAUACCAGAAAUUUGAAGACUCAGUAUUGGAAAAGAUGAGAAAGAGUUUUUUUGGUAAGGUAAAUAAUUUAUUAACAUUGGCGAGACUCCAUAUACAAGCCAAUGGUCAUAUACCAAAAGAAGAGACUCUACGUCAGAUAUGGUUCUCACAAAAGAGGUCCAAUCCUCUAUACAAGAAGGGAUCUCGUAAGUACACCAAAGAAACUAUUUGACCCGAUCCCUCACAGUUGUCAACCGUUAACCGAAAGUCCACAACUUUUGCAGGGAAUUAAUGUGUCACAUGUUAUGUGAUUUUAAUGCUUCCAUAAAGUUAUCAAUGUUCUAAUAAUGUGAUCAGGAUGCAGCACUCGGGGUACUAAAUGGAGAGGAAACAAAAAUAUAAGCAGAUUGUAAUGCAGAAGAUUCCUGAAGUGUGUACUUGAGAUCCUCUCCUACUUUGUCAUGUUCACAAAUACAUACUCCCAUUUGUGGAUUUUGAACUGCCCUCUGGGUUCUAGAGAUUGUCGAGGUGAAUUAGCAGUCAACCUUGAUGUAAGAACAAGCAUAUAACAUGUAGAAAUGGUUAAUACCUUGCCAAAUUUAAUGUGACAUAGUCAAUAUGGUAAGGUCUUAAAUUGAAAAAGGAGAGGUCUUAAAUCUCAUUUUCUUUUUAUUCCUCAUUGUUGUGUAGUUACUAGUAGAUGUACGGACUCAUUAGUUGUUAACAUUUAUUCUUGUGGUAGCACUAGAUAAUGUUAUUGGGGAAAUUGAUUGA